CGCGCUUCUACCGCUAGCACCGCGCUCUCGCAGAGCUCCAAGAUCAUCCCCGCAAGAAGCUUUGUAAGAGCUGCAUCGAGACCCAUGAAGUCGUCACGCUCCCUUCAACCUCUGUCACAAUCCACCUCGGUCUCAGCAAGAACAUUCAGCAGCACAGCCAGGAUGGGGCGAACAGAAAGCGAUGCCUUCGGCGAGCUCGAAGUGCCCGAUGACAAGUACUGGGGAGCGCAGACCCAGCGCUCUCUGGGCAAUUUCAAGAUCAACCAGCCUCAAGACCGCAUGCCUCCACCCAUUGUGCGUGCGUUCGGCAUCUUGAAGGGAGCUGCGGCCACAGUGAACAUGAAAUUUGGACUUGAUCCAAAGCUCGGUCAAGCCAUCCAGCAAGCAGCUGCUGAGGUAGCAUCGCUCAAGCUUGUCGACCACUUCCCGCUGGUCGUAUGGCAGACUGGCUCCGGUACACAAUCGAACAUGAACGCAAACGAAGUCAUCUCGAAUCGAGCAAUUGAGAUUUUGGGCGGUCAAAUGGGCAGCAAGAAGCCCGUCCACCCCAACGACCAUGUCAACAUGUCCGCUUCUUCGAACGACACGUUUCCCACUGUCAUGCACAUUGCAGCCGUGCUGGACUUUGAAGAGUCAUUAUUGCCUGCGUUGAAGAAUCUUCAUCAAGCGAUGAAGCACAAGGCUGAAUCGUUUGAACACAUCAUCAAAAUUGGACGAACGCAUUUGCAGGAUGCGACACCAUUGACAUUGGGCCAGGAGUUCUCCGGAUAUGUCACUCAGCUUGAGUACGGAAUUGAGCGCAUCGAGUCUUCUCUGCCUCGUCUGAGACUUCUCGCACAGGGAGGUACGGCUGUGGGAACGGGUUUGAACACUUUCAAGGGCUUUGCCGAGGACAUCGCUUCCGAAGUGACCAAGAUGACCGGCACCCAAUUCUACACUGCACCAAACAAGUUCGAGGCACUGGCUGCACAUGAUGCCAUCGUGGAGGCACACGGGCAGCUGAACACACUUGCUACGUCGUUGUACAAGAUUGCUCAGGACAUCCGCUUCCUCGGCUCAGGCCCACGAUGUGGUCUCGGCGAGCUCCAGCUACCAGAGAACGAGCCAGGCUCAUCGAUCAUGCCGGGCAAGGUCAACCCAACUCAGUGUGAAAGUAUGACUAUGCUGUGCUGCCAGGUGUUCGGGAACCAAGCUGCUGUGACCUUUGCUGGCUCGCAAGGCAACUUUGAGCUGAAUGUGUUUAAGCCUGUCAUGAUUCGCAACCUUCUCCACUCGUCUCGCCUGCUGGCCGAUGGAAUGAACAGCUUCCGCGAGCACUUGCUCGAAGGCCUCCAGGCUGACGAGCAGAAGAUUGGUACGAUCAUGAAAGAAAGCUUAAUGUUGGUUACCUGCUUGAAUCCUGUCAUUGGAUACGACAUGGCGUCGAAGGUGGCAAAGAAUGCGCACAAGAAGGGCAUCUCAUUGAAGGAGAGUGCUAUGGAGCUCAAGGCGCUGAGCGAGCAGAAGUUUGACGAGGUUGUCCGACCAGAGUUGAUGAUCGCGCCCAAAGAGAAAAAAUAGACGGCGAAUGUACAGCACGCACGCGCAAGCGAAAAUAUGUAUGUAGUGUAGAUUUUAUCGAUAUGUGACAAACAGCAGAUGGCUUCGAGGCACC